AUUGCAUUCUUGGUCGUCUUCUUCCCGCUCCUGAGCCCGCAUGACUGCCGCCUCUCUCACCCUCGACCUCGCGGACCCGGUCUCUCUCCGCCGGGUAAGUUCCCAUGGCGGCAGCAGGAGAUGGGUUGGCCACCACGGCCCUUCUUCCCUCCGCCUGCCAAAGGGCCUACGGUGCUCGAGGAGGGCCCCCGCCAGGGUCCUGGUGCCGGCCGCGGCCCUGACGGCUGUGGAGGAGGUCGGUGCCGUCGACCGGAUCGCGUCUCUCAGCCAGGUCGCGGCGGUGCUCGGCACGCAGUGGGGCGACGAGGGCAAGGGGAAACUCGUGGACAUUCUUGCCAGGAACUUCGAUGUCGUCGCCCGAUGCCAGGGCGGAGCAAAUGCUGGACAUACCAUUUACAAUGCUGAGGGCAAAAAGUUUGCUCUCCAUCUUGUUCCUUCGGGAAUCCUGAAUGAGGAAACUCUGUGUAUAAUUGGUAAUGGAGCUGUAGUACAUCUUCCUGGGCUAUUUCAAGAAAUUGAUGGUCUGGAAUCCAAUGGAGUCUCCUGUGAAGGAAGAAUAUUGGUGUCUGAUCGUGCCCAUUUGUUAUUUGAUUUUCAUCAAGUUGUUGAUGGACUUAGAGAAGCGGAACUUGGGAAUUCUCUUAUUGGAACAACAAAGCGAGGAAUUGGUCCUUGCUAUUCAAGCAAGGUUAUACGGAAUGGAAUAAGAGUGUGCGAUCUCAGACAUAUGGAUACUUUUGUUCAGAAGCUUGAUACUUUAAUGAGGGAUGCUGCUUCCCGGUUCGAAGGAUUUAAAUACAAUGUCGACAUGCUUGACAAGGAAGUUGACAGUUACAAGAAAUUUGCAGAGAGGUUGGAUCCAUUUAUUUCAGAUACUGUGCAUGUCAUUAAUGAGUCAAUCUUGCAAAAGAAGAGCAUAUUGGUUGAAGGUGGUCAAGCAACAAUGUUGGAUAUUGACUUUGGAACUUACCCAUUUGUGACUUCCUCAAGUCCUUCAGCUGGUGGAAUAUGCACAGGUCUUGGGAUAGCUCCCAGAUGCCUUGGUGAUAUUAUUGGUGUUGUGAAAGCUUACACCACUCGAGUUGGUUCUGGUCCUUUUCCAACUGAAAUUUUAGGUAAAAGUGGUGAUGUUCUUAGAGUUGCUGGCAUGGAGUUUGGAACAACCACUGGUCGUCCUCGGCGCUGCGGAUGGCUCGAUAUAGUUGCACUAAAGUACUGCUGCCAGAUAAAUGGUUUUUCAUCACUCAAUCUCACCAAGCUUGAUGUGCUGUCUGAACUUUCAGAAAUCAAGCUCGGUAUCUCUUACAGACGAAAAAAUGAUGGUGAAAAGGUCGAGUCAUUCCCUGCAGACCUUCAUCUUAUGGAGCAAACACAGGUCGAUUAUGAAGUGCUACCGGGAUGGCAGUGUGAUAUUUCAUCGAUCCGGAACUACAAAGACCUUCCCUCAAUGGCUCAUCGGUAUGUUGAACGGAUAGAAGAGCUUGUCGGUGUCCCCAUUCACUAUAUCGGUGUUGGACCAGGACGCGAUGCCAUUAUCUUUAAAUAAGUCAGGUUCCUGGUCCACUAUCAUUAUUAGAAGUCUUGUAUUUUGAUGUGCUUCUAAGGCAAUUACCAAAUCAGACUCUCCACUCCUUUCUUGAACAUGUUCUCAUUCAUGCUGAAGAAAAGAUAUGGAUCAAUUGGAAUUUGAGUUUCAAAAUGAAACAGGAAAAUUUGAUCCAUCAUUUGGUGUGGCCAA